AUGCCAUCGCUGCACCAGGCUGCACUGCUGCUGGUGCUGAUGCUGCUGGCCGCCACCCGUGAUGGACUUGCGGCGCCCGACAUCACCAUGUCCAUACACGGCGACCUAGCCGGUAGUGGGACGCAGAGCUCUUUCACGGUCAAUCAGGUUUACACUUUAAUUUCCAAUAUCGAAUUCAGACUAAGAGAUUUGUCAAAUAUAUUAAGACGGGACCAACAAACGGAAAGGAUCAAUUCCAGGAUAGAUGUGAUAUUCAACAAGCUCAGUCAUUUAGAAGUGUCCAAUGAAAUGUGGUUCGAUAAAUUUCAACAAUCGGUGAUGGAGGAAUGUGGUCCGAACCACAUGACCAGACGUCUCGACAAGGCUCAACAACAACUAGAGAUUACAUUAGAACAUAUGGAGACCACACUACAGACUGUGCAAAAUCAUCAGAAAGAACUGGAAAAAGAAAUCAAAAAAGUGGUUGACAGACAGACAGAACUGUCCACUGACAUUCAAACUAUGCGAAAAGAUAUGAACUCUGAGUUUGAGAAACACGAUUCUAAUCAGAUUACCUUCAGGAAACAGAUACAAGAUACCAUUGCAAAUUUGUCUCAACAAUCGAAAAUCACGGAUAGAUCAUUGAGUACUUGUUCGUGUAAUCAAGACAGUGAUUCCAGUCAAAUUCCGGACACAACAACUAACAAUAACAAACUGGCGACAACGAUAAAUAACAUGUACAAUGGGCUCAAAGACCGUUCAGAUCACAUAAGCAUCUCACUCAAGGAAUUAACGGAGAACACUGACAAGUAUCGGCGGAGAUUGGACUCUGAUAGACGCGGCGUAAUUAAUGAGUUUUUGGACAGUUUUUUGGAAGCGUCCAUCGACAAAAUAACAACGAUCCAGAAAAAUUCAGAAAACGAACUCGAAGCUAAGUUCAAAGAACACCUGCAAUUGCUCAUAGAUGGACAAAACUUGUUCAUGGACAAUUGUCACAGGUUGCAAUCAAAUGAACGACAAAUCGAGAAUGACAUGGUCGAUAUAUUGGAGAGGAUAUUAGACCGUAUUGAUAACAAGAGUAAGUCCGAGAGCACAACCUUGGAACAAAUACCGAAAACGUUGAAAACCCAAAGCAGUCUGGAGGAGAAAAUGUUCGGGGAACUGUCGGAACUCAUCAAAACACAGUCUGAUCAGGUGACUAGAACAGUGGCCUAUUCAACCAACCAAGUCUUAAAGUUACACCAGGACUUAACGAACAUUUCCAACGCGCUGAUGACACUUAACAAUGGUGGUGGACUCAGUAAUGUCACCGUCACAACGACGGAUAUGAACGACAGACGGCCUUUGCACAACAUCAGCAACAGUCAUAAUAGCACCCCGUCAACUUUAAAAAACAAGCCCAACAUCGAUAAACUUUCAACAACGAUGCCUAAGCAGAACCGUUCUCCACACGAUUAGAAUCAAAAUAAAAAACACGCGUGAAUAGUACUUACAAUAUAUGCUCCAAUUUCAUUAAUUUUGGCAAAUACAUAUUAAUAUAUUAUUAUUUAUUAUAACAGUAUCUAUAAUACUAUUGAUAUUUAAUAAAAAUAAAUAAACUCAAUAAAAUCAGUCAUUUACUUUUAGUGGAUAUGAUUAUUAUAGUAUUACGAUUGCUAAAAAAAUCUAAAACCCUGUUAUUUUUCUCAGUAUC